CCCUCCUUUUCCUAUUCCUCCUUGCCGCUCGCCGCACGACCCCCUUCCCUCCUCUCCUCUUCCUCUCGUCACCGAUCCAUCGCAACAGUGGCGGCCCUCGCCGCUCUCUCUGGCCGUCUCUCGCCAUCGCGGUGGUCCUGGUCCGUUCGUGGCUUCGUCUCGCCGACGGGAGUUUGCCUUCUCUCUUCUUUCUCUCUGUUCGGCAAUUUCUCUCGCCGUCUCUCGCCGUCGCGGCUUCGUCUCGCCGGCGCUCGCGGCCUCUGCUCCCUCGCCCUCCCUCGCCUCCACCCUCCAUCAGUCUUCCGGACACGCGUGUCGAGAAAGGUUGACCGCGUGUCGGAAAAUCCGACACGUGUCGGACACGACACGGAAGCACGGACAGCGUGUCCGUGCUUCCUAGGUUGCAGGUGAUCAGCUCUAUUGAAAUUGCAGAACAUUCUGUGAGGUAGGAAUCAGCUAGAUAUUCACGGCAAGCAUCUUCUGAUUUUCAAAACUGGCACUUACAUGGAGGAUCAAGGGAAAUAUGGCAGAGGGCUUCAUGGAAAUUGGAAAGCUUUCGUUUUCGCCCCUUUUUCACUCUCUCUGUGUCAUUUUUAUCUCUCUGUUGAACUUUUCGAUAGCAUUUGAUUCCUUAAGUUCAGGUCAGUCCAUUAAAGAUGGAGAGAGAUUGGUCUCUUCAGGCCAAAGCUUUGAGCUUGGCUUCUUCUCUCCAGGAAACUCCAAGUAUAGGUACUUGGGGAUAUGGUACAAACUUAGUCCUGAAAAAAUCGUUUGGGUUGCCAACCGAAACAACCCGCUCACUGAUUCAAAUGGUGUUCUCACAUUUAGCGGUGAGAGGAAUCUAGUUGUUCUCAACCGAUCAAAGAGCGUCAUCUGGUCUUCGAAUUCAUCCAGGGUUUUAAGAAACCCAGUUGCGCAGUUGUUGGACUCUGGUAACCUUGUCGUUUCGGACAAUACCAGCUCACGCUCUGGUGAAUGGUCAUGGCAGAGCUUUGACUAUCCAACUGACACCCUUUUAGCUGGUAUGCGAUUGGGAUGGAACCUCAAAUCUGGUUUCGAGUGGCGUCUGACUUCUUGGAAAAGCACGGAUGAUCCUUCCUCUGGAGACUAUACCUACGGAUUUAAUGUUAAUGGGUUGCCCCAAAUUGAAAUGCGCAAAAGAGGCUCCACAAAAACAUUUCGAAUAGGGCCAUGGAAUGGACUCCGCUUCUUGGGAACUCCAGAGCCUAAGAGUACCCUUUUCAAUCCGAGGUUCGUUUACAAUGAAACAUAUGUAUAUUCUGAGUUUGAAUCUUCAAGGGAUGAUAUCAUCACCAUACGCACGUUGAAUCAGUCUGGUCUUAUUCAACGUCUUCUAAGGAAGAAAGAGAGCUCCACAUGGGAUGUCAUGACCUCAAAACCCCGCGAUCCAUGUGAUAACUAUGGGCAGUGUGGUGCUAAUAGUUUCUGCAAAAAUAACAGAGACCCUAGAUGCCAGUGCUUGCAGGGAUUCGUGCCCAAAUCCCAAGAAGAGUGGCAGUUAUAUAAUUCAACCAGUGGGUGCAUUAGGAAAGCUCAGUUGAAUUGCUCUCAAGAACCGAGCUUUCUGAAAAUUUCGAUGCUGAAUCUGCCCGAUCUGAUAGACUUCUGGUUAAACAAGAACAUGAGCAUCGACGAGUGCAAGGUGGAGUGUCUAAAAAACUGUUCUUGUACGGCCUAUGCUAAUUCAGAUGUUAGAAGAGGAGGAAGUGGCUGUUUGAUGUGGUUCGGUGAUCUCAUUGAUAUAAGAGAAUUUGAACAAGACAACUAUGUACAAAAUCUCUACAUAAAAUUAUCUGCUUCUGAGCUAGAUUCCAUCAAAAGCCCUGUCAAUAAGACAAAACUGUUGACUGUCACGGUGGCUUCGGUCAUUUCUGGAUUGCUCGUAGCAGCUAUAGCAUUGAGUAUUGUGUGGAAGAGCAGAACGAAAAGAAGAGAGUUCGUCCUUGUAGGCUUACAGAGUCAGAAGGAAGACAUUGAUUUACCGUUAUAUGAUUUUUCGACCAUUGCCGUUGCUACUGGACAUUUCUCACAGACUAACAUGAUUGGAGCGGGUGGCUUUGGUUCAGUCUACAAGGGAAAUCUCUCCAUGGGUCAAGAAAUAGCGGUGAAGAGGCUGUCGAAAGGUUCAAGACAAGGCCUUGAAGAAUUUAUGAAUGAAGUACUCCUAAUUGUGAAACUUCAGCAUAGGAAUCUUGUCGGACUUCUUGGCUGUUGCAUUGAGGGAGAAGAAAGAAUGUUGAUAUAUGAGUAUAUGCCAAAUAAAAGCUUGGAUUAUUUCAUAUUCGAUGAUGACAGAAGCUUCUUGUUAGCAUGGAAAAGUCGCUUCGACAUAGUUUUAGGAAUCGCGAGAGGACUGCUUUAUCUUCAUCAAGAUUCAAAACUGCAAGUCAUUCACAGAGAUCUCAAAACAAGUAAUAUUUUGUUAGAUGUGGACCUCAAUCCUAAAAUCUCAGACUUUGGCCUUGCAAGAAUCUUUGGAGGCAAUGAAAGAGAAGCAAGAACGAGAAGAAUCAUUGGUACCUAUGGCUACAUGUCUCCAGAAUAUGCUUUUGAUGGAAAAUUCUCUGUGAAAUCCGAUGUUUUUAGCCUUGGUGUAGUUUUGCUAGAGAUAGUAAGUGGCAAAAGGAACAGAGGGUUCUGCCAUCCUGAUCAUCAACACAACCUUCUUGGGCAUGCAUGGUUGCUGUGGAGCGCAGGUAGGUCCUUGGAGCUUCUACAUGAAUCUCUAUGCGACUCCUUCAUAGCAUCCCAAGUAGCGAGAUGCAUUCAUGUUGGUUUGUUGUGUGUCCAAAAGCUUCCUAGAGAUAGGCCAACAAUGUCUUCAAUCGUUUUCAUGUUAGCCAAUGAGGAAGCAAUCUUGCCAAAGCCUAAACAGCCCGGUUUCUAUAUGGAGAGAGUUCCAUCGAGCACAGAGGCAUCUUCAAUAAGGGAAGACUUGUACACAGGGAAUAUCGUUACGAUCACCAUGCCAGAAGGUCGAUGAACUUCCCAUUGAGGAUGUUCCCUGCAGUGUUGAAUUUAGAAUUUUAGAUCAACUUUCUCGGUGCAUGAUGGUAAAAAGGUUCAGAAGAUUGUGUACACAAAUCUUUGGCUACCUCGCAGCAAGGACUGUUUAGAACGAGACGAGGGCUGCAAUAAAAGAUUAUCGUUGUAUGAUUCAGUGGCUCAAGCAACAUGGGGAAGGCCUUUUUUAUUGAUCAUCGCCAAUGAUUAUUCGUGGAGAUAAAUCAUAUAAACUCUCUGACCUUUUGUAGGAGCAAGUAAUUAUAUUUACUGCUUCAAUUUAUUCUUAUAUGAUACAUCGAUACGCAGUAUCCCAA